UAUACAGUGAUGUCCAAUGUCGUUCAUACAUUUUCCUCUGUUACUUCCAAUGGCAAACUCUCCAUGUCAAGAAAUCGAUGUCAGCUCAAAGCGUUCGAAAUCAUCAGAUAAAGAAGUUUGCUUCGACAGAAUCAGUCGAUUGCCUGAUGUUCUGAUUCAACACAUACUCUCAUUUCUUCCAACGAAAGAAGCAAUGACGACUUCGAUUUUAUCGAAACGGUGGCUUCCGAUAUGGACUUCAGUUCCCAUCAUUGAUCUUCAAGACUCACGUUCCUGCAGAACAGAUUCGAGCCUUCGACUUCGUUUCGGACAAUUCGUUACCCGAGUUUUAAUCCUUAACAAAAUGGCUUGUUUAGACAAGUUCCGUCUGGAAUUCAACAUGGUUGAUCAUCCUUCCUAUGUAAAAACCUGGUUUCGGGAUGCGGUUUCGAGAGAUGUGAAAGAACUAGACAUCACCGUCCAUGGAACUCAAAGUUUUCCUAUCUUGAAGCUUCCAUUUGUCCUCUUCACUGCAAAAACAUUGCAGGUUUUGAAACUGAGCAAUGAGGUUGAGCUCCAUGUUCCUGGAACAGUAUCUUUGCCAUGUCUCAAGGUUUUGCAUCUUGUCUGGAUUAAGUACAGGAACGACGAAUCCGUUUCCAGGAUUUUUGCAGAUUGUCAUGUUCUUCAGGAACUUGUUCUUCACAUAUAUGUUGGUGACAACACAACGAUUUCCAACAUUUCGAUCCCGACAUUGAAGAUAAUGUCCAUACGGUUCGCCACCGGCCAACAUAAACACCAACUUAAGAUAAACGCUCCGAUUCUUGAGUACUUGAAUCUCGAAGACAAUCUCGGCCUGGAAUUCGAUCUCGAGCUUAGUGGAAGCAAAUCUCUCUGCAAUGCUAAAUCUGUUUCCCUACAUUGGGAUUGGCAUUCAAAAAUGACAUGGCGUAAUUUCAGACCACAUCGUUUGUUUCAUAAGCUGGUCCGGUCAGAGCUAAAUGUUGGUUAUGGUGGCUGGAACAUGCUGUCACUUUUCUUGGAAAUUUCUUAUAAUUUACAACUCCUUGUUCUUGCCAAGAAUGAUAAUUGCCGUGGACUUGGGCUUGAAUGCCGCUGGAAACCACCAAAAUAUGUGCCGGAAUGCUUGCUGUCGAGCCUGGAAAGAGUCGAUUUCAAAGGGUUUGAAGAUGUAGCAUAUCAGCUGAGGAUGGUGAAAUACAUACUGGGGAAUGCUCAAGUUCUGAAGAUGAUGGAUAUCUUCACUGAUGGAGAUCUGCCAUUAGAAUCAAAGCUUGAUGUGCUGAAGAAAUUAUUAAUGUUCCCAAGGGGUUCCAAGGAAUGUCAACUUCAUUUCAACUAA